CCAGUCCCGUCGUUGAUGGCGCUCCAGUUCCUUCCGGUCUCCGCGGUACGCCAGGGCCUAAUCCCCCCCCUCCCACAUCCCCUCCCUCCCCUUCACCUUUUCACUUUCUUCCUCCCUCUCUUAUUUUCUUUUUCUCCACCUCUCCCCCCGUCUCACUAUCCCUCACGCACGCCUCCACCUAGCUCUCCCCUCCCUCGCCCUUCCCCUUCCCUCCUCCUUCCCCUCCCCCCGCCUCCGCCCGGAAGGCUCCUGCCUCGGGAGCAUCCGCGGCUGCGUCAUCGCCGCCCCCCCCAAACAAGAUGGACACCGCCGAAGAAGACAUAUGUAGAGUGUGUCGAUCAGAAGGAACGCCUGAGAAACCGCUAUAUCAUCCAUGUGUAUGUACUGGCAGUAUUAAAUUUAUCCAUCAAGAAUGCUUUUACUAUCUGUUGGAGCUUAGUUCAGUGGUUGAAACACAGCAGAAAAGAAUACUGUGAACUAUGCAAACACAGAUUUGCUUUCACACCAAUUUAUUCCCCAGAUAUGCCUUCAAGGCUACCAAUCCAAGAUAUUUUUGCUGGACUGGUUACAAGUAUUGGCACAGCAAUACGUUACUGGUUUCACUAUACACUUGUGGCCUUUGCAUGGUUGGGAGUUGUACCUCUUACAGCAUGCCGUAUCUACAAGUGCUUGUUUACUGGCUCCGUGAGCUCACUACUGACACUGCCAUUAGAUAUGCUGUCAACGGAAAAUUUAUUGGCAGAUUGUUUGCAGGGUUGUUUUGUGGUGACCUGCACUCUUUGUGCAUUCAUCAGCCUUGUGUGGUUGCGAGAACAAAUAGUCCAUGGUGGAGCACCACAGUGGUUGGAACAAAAUCAUGCUCAACCUCUCAAUGCUGCUGGACAACAAAAUGAGGCUCCAGGCAUAGGAAAUGGUGCUGAAAAUGUUGCAAUUGAUCAGCCUGCUAACCCACCAGCUGAGGAUGCAGUAGUAGGGGAAAACCCUGAAAUUCAGGAAGAACAAGCUGAUGAAGAUGAAGAAGACAAUGAGGAUGAAGAAGAUGCUGUGGUUGAAGAUGCAGCAGAUGCUAAUAAUGGGGCCCAAGAUGACAUGAACUGGAAUGCUUUAGAAUGGGAUCGAGCUGCAGAAGAAUUAACAUGGGAGAGAAUGCUUGGACUUGAUGGGUCACUAGUUUUCCUAGAACAUGUCUUUUGGGUGGUGUCUCUGAAUACAUUAUUUAUUCUUGUCUUUGCAUUUUGUCCUUACCACAUUGGUCAUUUUUCUGUUGUUGGCUUGGGAUUUGAGGAAUAUGUCCAAGCAUCCCAUUUUGAAGGCCUAAUCACAACAAUAGUUGGCUAUGUGCUUUUAGCAGUCUCAUUGAUCAUUUGUCAUGGUUUGGCAGCUCUUGUGAAAUUUCAGCGAUCCCGUCGCUUAUUAGGGGUCUGCUAUAUUGUUGUUAAGGUCUCUCUAUUAGUGGUAGUAGAAAUUGGAGUAUUCCCUCUCAUUUGUGGCUGGUGGCUGGAUAUAUGUUCUCUGGAAAUGUUUGAUGCCACUUUGAAAGACCGAGAAUUGAGCUUUCAGUCAGCUCCAGGCACCACAAUGUUUCUGCACUGGCUAGUGGGAAUGGUCUAUGUAUUCUACUUUGCUUCUUUCAUUCUUUUACUAAGAGAGGUGCUAAGGCCUGGUGUCUUGUGGUUUCUGAGGAAUUUGAAUGAUCCAGAUUUUAAUCCAGUACAGGAAAUGAUUCACUUGCCCAUUUACAGACAUCUCCGAAGAUUUAUUUUGUCAGUGAUUGUCUUUGGUUCCAUCGUCCUUCUUAUGCUGUGGCUCCCUAUACGUAUUAUUAAGAAUCUAUUGCCCAAUUUUCUUCCAUAUAAUGUCAUGCUAUAUAGUGAUGCCCCAGUGAGUGAACUGUCUCUUGAGCUGCUCCUGCUACAGGUGGUAUUGCCAGCUUUACUUGAACAAGGACACACUAGGCAGUGGCUGAAAGGUCUUGUCAGAGCAUGGACUGUUACUGCUGGAUAUUUGUUGGACCUUCAUUCUUACUUGCUUGGAGAUCAAGAAGAGAAUGAGAACAGUGUGAACCAACAAGCUAACAACAACCAGCAUGCUCGUAAUAACAAUGCCAUCCCAGUAGUUGGGGAAGGUCUUCAUGCAGCCCACCAAGCCAUACUUCAACAAGGAGGACCUGUGGGCUUUCAGCCUUACCGUAGGCCUUUAAAAUUUCCACUCAGGAUAUUUCUGUUGAUAGUCUUCAUGUGUAUCACCUUAUUGAUUGCUAGUCUCAUCUGCCUUACUUUACCAGUAUUUGCUGGCCGGUGGUUAAUGUCAUUUUGGACGGGGACUGCCAAAAUCCAUGAGCUAUACACAGCUGCCUGUGGUCUUUAUGUCUGCUGGUUAACCAUAAGGGCAGUAACAGUUCUAGUUGCAUGGAUGCCACAGGGACGCAGAGUGAUCUUUCAGAAGGUUAAAGAGUGGUCCCUUAUGAUAAUGAAGACUUUGAUAGUAGCAGUACUACUUGCUGGUGUUGUUCCGCUUCUACUUGGACUUUUAUUUGAACUGGUAAUUGUUGCACCACUGAGGGUUCCACUGGAUCAGACACCUCUUUUUUAUCCAUGGCAGGACUGGGCCCUUGGAGUUCUUCAUGCCAAAAUAAUUGCAGCCAUAACAUUGAUGGGACCUCAGUGGUGGUUAAAAACAGUGAUUGAACAGGUUUAUGCAAAUGGCAUCCGAAACAUUGAUCUCCAUUAUAUCAUUCGAAAACUAGCAGCGCCAGUGAUAUCUGUACUGUUACUUUCUCUUUGUGUACCUUACAUUAUAGCAUCUGGUAUUGUACCUUUACUAGGUGUUACUGCUGAAAUGCAAAAUUUGGUACAGCGCCGAAUUUAUCCUUUUUUACUAAUGGUGGUAGUUUUGAUGGGUAUCCUGUCCUUCCAAGUUCGACAGUUCAAGCGCCUUUAUGAACAUAUUAAAAAUGACAAAUAUCUUGUGGGACAACGACUAGUGAACUAUGAACGAAAGUCAGGUAAACAAGGCACGUCAACACCAUCUCCACAGUCUUCACAAGAAUAAAAUAGUUGUCUUAAAUACCUUGACCUUCCUUUUGCCUUUAUGUGUCCUUUUUUGUGGACUCUUCUAUCUCUGGAUAAUAUUUUUCCCGGUGAUCCUCACAGCAAUGUUUUUACUUUCACUUUUUUUAAAAAAUUCAUAUCCUUAGCAUUUAGAUAGCAGUUAAUGACCUGCUCCUCUAUCUGCAUCUUUUUCAUUUUUCAUUGCUGUCUGAGAUCUGUAUAUGUGUAAAUAGAAGUAUCCUGACACCCUAAAACCUUGGAUUAAACAGAAUGUGCAUUGUACAUCUUUAAACAAAAUGUAUAUUAAUUUAUUAAAUCUAGUUGUCACUUUACUUUGGACCUGCUGUUCUCUUGACAAGAAAAGUGCCACAAAGCAAUGGCGCAAAGAGGCAAGACUUUCAGUGAAAUCUGGAACUCAUUUAUGGUGUCCCUUAUAGUUCUUAUUAAAUUGAUGCAUUCUGACUUUCUUGGGUGGAGAGGCCUUACCAAGAACCUUGAAAAGAAACAACUACAAAUCAUCAGUGAAGUGUCUGUGGUAAGAAAUAUGAACUGUGCUUCACUGUCAACCUUUUUGAAAGUUAUUUUGUAUAGCACCAAAGCUGUUGUACGUUUUUCUAAUGCCUGUUUUUUUUUUCAUGAGUCUGUUUGUAAUAUUGUACAGUGUCUUACUGUAGGUAAGGAGUUUAUUUUACAUUUUGAUAAUUUUAAUAACCCUUGAGAUCAGCAUUAAAAGUCAGGUUUUUGUGCUUGUUAAGGGCAUGUCUACACUUACCAAAAAAAAAAAAAACAAACAAAAAAACCCCAAAACACCAAACCAAGACUUUUUUUGUUGUUUCCUUUACUCAUUUGCAUUUGUUGGUAGCAUUGGCCAAAAAGUCAUACAAUAUCAUAAAUCUUAUGACAUCCUAAACAAUGCUGUACUGAAAUUUUACUGAAGUUAGUACAUUUUUGUGCUGUUUUUGCUAAUUGUAGAUGUGGCUUAUUUCCUUAGGGUAAAAUAUGUUGGAGAAGAUUCUUUGGAAAAAUCUAACCCUGUGAGCUAGUAAAUGACUGGGUGGGAAUUAGGAAAUAUAUUUCUCCUACUUUUUCUUUCUUUCUUUUAAAUUCUUACCUUCUGUCUUAGAAUUGAUACUAAGUAUUGGUUUCAAGACAGAAGAGCAGUAAGGGCUAGGUGAUUGGAGUUAAUUGACUUGCCCAGGGGAUCCCACAGCUAAGAAGUGCCUGAGGCCACAUUUAAACCCAAGACCUCCCAACUCCAAGCCUGGCUCUCUAUUCAUGAGCCCCCUAACUGCCCCUCUUUCUCAUACUUUUCAUGCAGCCAUCUCCCCAAAUUUCAGAAGCUUUAUAUGUGAGUGGAUGCAUUGAAUCCUGUUAACCAACUAAAUUUUAUCUGAAGGGCAAGCCAUCUAGGCUGUUUUUUUCCAACAGAAAUAGACUCUGUUAUACAAGAGCCUUGCUAUGAAAUCUCACUUUAAAAAUUAGUUUUCCUUCUAACCAAAGCUGCAAAUUAGAAGCUCUGCAGGGAGAACUGAUGGGCAAAUGGGCUGAAUGUUUUAAGUGGUUUAUAUAUAUUAUAUGAAAUGUUCAACAAGACUGCCUUUUUAAAAGAAAGGCAGUAUUAACUUUUUUUGGUGAGUCAUAAAUGGUCAUAGGAGAACGUUAUUUGUAAAAUUAUAGAAAAAAUCCGUAUAGUAUUAAAAUACAUAAAAUGAAAUCCCCAGGUUAUUUUAUAUAUACAAAAAGUACAGCCAAACAGACCACCAAAUCAAGUGCAACAUUUUCUGGUAGUUUCAUUUUUUGGAGUCAUCCGUUCCCCAACCCCCCUAGUAGUGAGUGAUUAUUUUCAUUUAAAUUUUUAUUAAAAAACAACAAUAUCGAUGGAAGAAGCUUUACAUGGGGUAUAGUAUUACAGCAUUUUGCACUUUGUAGUACCUCUCUAUGUGUAUGCAGAUUUCUUGUACUGCAUUAAGGAAUGUUCAAGCUAAAGCUCUGCUCAGUCCUUUUGUCUAAUAAAAUUUUGGAUUUUCUUUGUUCUAAAUACUUGAUAAAAAUCUGUCAUGUUAAAUUUGUAUAAAAAUUGUUCUUUAGGAGGGGAAAAAAGACCUCUUGAGUUUGACAAGUGAAAUUUGACUAUUAUAUUUACCCCCGCUCUUUUAAUGCUUAAUUUAAGUGUUAACAGGAAUUUCGAUUCCAUUAUACAAAAGCUUAAUAACUUAAUGUGCAUUUGUUUAGCAACAGAAGGUUGGGCAGUUUUCCAAGACAUCAAUAAUUGAUAUUCUCCAGAAUUAUAUACUGCUUCAUAUAUUUCUUGGUAAUUUUCUGAUAAAACAUUACAUGCAAAAAGGCCAAAAUAAUUUUCCCUUUCAUUCACUCAUGUGUAUAUUAAUAUCAUUAAAUGUAAAUUUGGAUUAUUUUUAUCAUAAAUUAUUUUUAGUUUGAAUGUCAGUAUUCCUUUAAUAUUCUGUAAUUUCUAAAGGAUAUUUUUUACAAAGACAGAAUUUGCUGAAAAUAGUUUGUUAGCAUCAAAAUUUCUCCUUAAGUCUUGUAAAUAUUUAAAAAUCUAUAUUGUUGCAAUCCUUCAUGUAGCUUUCCCCCCUAAUAGUGCAAUCUCAUACAUUUUACAUAGACUGAUAACCCAGUCUUUGAGGAAUAUUAAAAUUUGUUAAGUAAGGCUCUUUUGUCUUAUUUAUUUUAUUGUUAUUUUUUACAAAUUUAAAUAAAUGAGAAUUUAGGGUUGGCUUAGCAUGACCAACUUACGAACUUCAUCAGAAGCCAAUGUUUAUGUCAAGUGCAUAGUUGUUCAUUGUCAGUAACUUAUGAUUUUCAUUUUAAAAUCAUGAAGCACUGUUUUUAAAAAAAAUAAAUCAGUCUGAUUACUUUUAAAAAGUGCUAAUGUGAAGUUUGCUGAUUAUAGCAAAGAUCCAAAAACCUCAUUAUGUUUUCUUUAGAUGAUUUUUCCUAUUUACAUAUAUUGAAAAGCAAUGGGGAUUAAAUGAAAACAAAUGUCAUUGGACACCUUCAGAUGUAAACAUAAACAAUUUUUUAUUUUAAAGUUUAAUCUAUCUCUUAACUAUUACUGUGUGAAUUAUUGUCUUUUGUCCCCCUCUUUCCCCCAUUUCCUUAUUAAAAUAACAAAGGCUAAUUUUCCUUCAAAUGCUUUGAUUUUUCUAGUAUAUACUUUUCUCACACCUGGAAAGGCAGCCAUUUAAAAUUUUGUUUUUGGGUUGCCAUAAAGAUUUUUAAAAAUCUUUCUAUAUUAAGAAAAUGUUUGUAUAAAACACUGGUGUGAAUAUAGUUGGUGAAUAAUAUAACAUGUAAAAAAUAAAUUUAGUUUUCUCAUUUUAAGAAUGAUGCAUUUUAAAUUAAUUUACUAAGGUCAGUUUUAUGUUAUUCAACUUUGUUUAAAAGAUUUUUCAUAAUGAAAAGCAAAAAGUAUCUUUUUAUGUUACUGCUUCCAUUUAUUACAAAUAUUGUACAAAAUCCAGAAAGUAUUCUCAAAAAGCAUGACUGAUAUAUAUUCUAUCAGACUUUUGGUUAAAUUAUUUUAUUAUUCUGAUUUGUUGUUUUAAUUGAAUAUUUUCAUUUAUAAUAGCUGCCACUACAUACUUUUUUUAAGUGUCCAUUCUUCAUAUCUCACUCCCUAAUAUUCUGGAUUUUUAUUAUCAUGUGUUAAUUAGACAGUGUACCUUUUAUUCCUGUGUACUUUUUAUAUAUGCCUUUCACUUUUUAUUUGUCAUGGAUAUAAGCUAUGUCCAUUCACAGAACCACCAUCAAUAAAAAUGUGAAGAGUGGAAUGUCAAGGAGGAACUUUGAUUUAAAAAAAGGGACAUCUAGUAUUGGAGAAGUUCAGAUUUUUAUUUACUGUUUUUCAUAGGGGCAAAUGUCAGCAGCUAUUAAAGUUAAUCUCAAGCAAACAUAUUUUAGUAAUUGUCCAUUGUCAUGAGGUAGUUUGUUUAAAGAGAGCAUAAUUUUGAAAUCAAGAAGACCUGGAUUUUGAAUCCCAGCUUUGCCUUUUGCUGACUGGGUGACCAUGGACAGAUUACUUUGUCUUUCCAAAUCCCAAUUUCCUCAGCUUUAAAAUAGGAAUAAUAAUGCUUCCCCUGCCAACCUCAUAGGUUUGUGUGAGGAUCUAAGGAUCUAAUGUUUAUAGAGCACUGUACAAAUACCAGCUGUUACUCAACAUGUUUAUUCUAUGGACUGUGUGUAUAAUAUGCUAAAUGUGGAAGUCACAUAACUAUCACAUACAUGUACAUGUUCUCUCAGGAGCUUUUAACAUUUAUAAAAGGGAGAGAAAGGACUUGUUCUCGGUGCAACAUUUUAGGAAGAACAUUGAUAAGUUGGAAAAUGUACCAAACACAGCAAGUAGGGUAUUGAAGGGUCCCCAGUUUGUGCUGUAGGAGGAUUAAAUGGAGACCUGGAGGGAAAUGCCUGUCAUUGUGUAUUUGAAAGGCUGUUCUGUGAUAAGAUGGGUGAAAUCUUAUCAUUUGGCCCAGGGAUCAGAGCUUGAAGCAAUGAUAAGAAAUUUAAAAAAAGAAACAUCCCAACAAUUUAAGUAACACAAAAAUGGAAUAGGCUAUAUUAGGGGCAGUAGCGGUUUUCCUGACAGUGGAGGACUAUAAGCAAAGGCAGGAUGAUCACUUGCCAAGUAUGUUUUAGAACACAGGUAUCAAAUGCUACUGUCAACUUUUUGGAGUGCACCUAACCAGUGCAAUGUAAUUGAGAAAUGUUUAACAAAAUAAAUAAAAGUAUGAUAAAACAUGA